CUAAAGCCAACACUCUCCGGCAUCAUGAGGAUCUUCAAAGGAGUCAACUUUGGGACUCUGCUAAGCAGCCAGAAGGCGGCUGAAGAGUUGCUGCCUGAUGUGAAGGAGUUCCUGUCCAAGACUCCAGCUGGUUUUUCCAGCUGCCGAUCUGAUGCUGAGAGAAGACAAACUUGUGAUGCCAUCCUGAGGGCUUGCAACCAGCAGCUGACUGCCAAGCUAGCUUGCCCUGGGCACCUGGGGAGCCUGCUGGAGUUGGCAGAGUUGGCCUGUGAUGGCUACUUGGGGUCCACUCCCCAGCGCCCUCUCCUCUACCUGGAACGAAUUCUCUUCAUCUUAUUGCGGAAUGUUGCCUCACAAGGAAGCCCAGAGGCCAUGCUCCGCCUUGCUCAGCCCCUCCAUGCCUGCUUGAUGCAGUGCUCUCACCAAGCUGCUCUCCAGGACUAUGAGGCCAUAGCUCGAGGCAGCUUUUCUCUUCUUUGGAAGGGGGCAGAAGCCCUGUCGGAGCCUCGAGCUGCACUCUCAACUCGGCUGAAGGCCUUGAGCUUCCUAGUACUCUUGGAGGAUGAAAGUACUCCUUGUGAGGUUCCUCACUUUGCUUCUCCAACAGCCUGUCGAGUGGUAGCUGCCCAUCAGCUAUUUGAUGCCAGUGGACAUGGUCUGAAUGAAGCAGAUGCGGAUUUCUUAGAUGACCUGCUCUCCAGGCAUGUGAUCAGAGUCUUAGUGAGUGAGGAAGAGGGCUCUCCUGGUCCUCUUUCCCCCCAGAGGGCCCUCUGCCUCUUGGAGCUCACUGUGGAACACUGCCGUCGCUUCUGCUGGAGCUGUCACUACAACAAAGCCAUCAGCAUGGUGGAGAAGGCUCAUUGUUAUCUAAGGAACACCAAUCUAACCCCCAGCCUCCAGCUAUGCCAGCUGGGAGUUGAGCUGCUACAGGUUGGGGAGGAAGGAUCCCAGGCAAUGGCCAAGGUUUUGAUAAAUGCAUCAGCUGUUCUGAAUAAUAGUAUGAAGGCACCAUCACCCCCACUUCGGGCAUUGUAUGACACCUGCCAGUUCUUCCUUUCAGGUCUGGAGCGAGGUACCAAGAGGCACUAUGGACCUGAUGCUAUUCUGAGCCUCUUCACUUUUCUUGGAGGGUACUUCUCCCUUAUCCAGCAGCUGCGUGAUGAUAGUGUCUGUGGGGUCUCCUCCAAACAGCAGCAGUCUUUGCGUCAGAUGUACUUUCAGGCACUUCACCUCUAUGCUGUCGUGGUUUAUGACUUUGCCCAAAGCUGUCAGGUAGCUGACUUGGCUGAUCUGGCCCAGCUAGUGGAGAGUUGCAAAUCUAUUGUUGUGUGGAUGCUGGAGGCCUUAGAGGGCCUGUCAGGCCGAGAGCUGACUGACUACAUAGGGAUGACUGCCUCUUACACCAGUAACUUGGCCUACAGCUUCUACAGUCACAAACUCUAUGCCGAGGCCUGUGCUAUCUCCGAGCCACUCUGUCAGCACCUGGGCUUGGCAAAGCCAGGCACUUAUCCUGAGGUGCCUCCUGAGAAGUUGCACAGGUGCUUCCGGCUACAUGUAGAGAGUUUGAAGAAACUGGGUAAACAGGCCCAGGGCUGCAAGAUGGUGACUUUGUGGCUGGCAGCGCUGCAGCCCCGUAGCCCUGAACACAUGACUGAGCCGGUCACUUUCUGGGUUCGGGUCAAAAUGGAUGCAGCCAGGGCUGGAGACAAGGAGCUACAGCUAAAGACUCUGCGAGACAGCCUGAGUGGCUGGGACCCGGAGACCCUGGCUGUCCUGCUGAGGGAGGAGCUACAGGCCUAUAAGGCGGUGCGGGCUGACACUGGACAGGAACGCUUCAACAUCAUCUGUGACCUGCUGGAGCUGAGCCCCGAGGAGACACCAGCUGGGGCAUGGGCACGAGCCACCCACCUGGUGGAACUUGCUCAGGUGCUCUGCUACCACGACUUUGCCCAGCAGACGGACUGCUCGGCCUUGGAUGCUAUCCAGGAAGCCCUGCAGCUUCUGGAGUCUGUGAGGCCUGAAGCCCAGGCCAGGGAUCGGCUUCUGGACGAUAAAGCACAGGCCUUGCUAUGGCUCUACAUCUGUACCCUGGAAGCCAAAAUGCAGGAAGGUAUUGAGCGAGAUCGGAGAGCCCAGGCCCCUAGUAACCUGGAGGAAUUUGAAGUUAAUGACCUGAACUAUGAAGAAAAACUCCAGGAAGAUCGUUUCCUAUAUAGUAACAUUGCCUUCAACCUGGCUGCAGAUGCUGCUCAGUCCAAAUGCCUGGACCAAGCUCUGGUCCUGUGGAAGGAGGUGCUUUCAAAGGAGCAGGCUCCAGCUGUGCGGUGUCUCCAGCAGACAGCAGCGUCACUGCAGAUCCUAGCAGCCCUCUAUCAGCUCCUGGCGAAGCCCCUGCAGGCUCUGGAGGUCCUCCUGCUUCUGCAGAUGGUCUCUGAGAGACUGGAGGAUCACGUGAAGGCAGCUGGCUCCUCCUGCCACAUCGCCCAGCUCCUCCUGACCCUUGGCUGUCCCAGCUAUGCCCAGUUAUACCUGGAAGAGGCUGAAUUCAGCCUGAAGCAUCUUGAUCAGACCACUGACGCAUACCUGCUCCUUUCCCUGACCUGUGUUCUACUUCGAAGUCAACUCUACUGGACUCACCAGAAGGUGACUGAGGGUGUCUCCUUGUUGCUGUCUGUCGUUCGGGAUCCUGCUCUCCAGAAGUCAUCCAAGGCUUGGUACUUGCUGCGUGUUCAGGCCCUGCAGCUGGCUGCAGUCUACCUUAGCCUCUCAUCAAACAGCCUCGCAGGCUCCCUCUGGGAGCAGCUCUGUGCCCAAGGCUGGCAGACACCUGAGAUAGCGCUCAUGGACUCGCAUAAGCUCCUUCGAAGCAUCAUCCUCUUGCUGAUGGGCGGUGAUGUACUUUCAAUUCAAAAAGCAGUUGUGGAGACACAAUUUCUGGACUAUGGUGAAAACCUGGUACAAAAAUGGCAGGUUCUUACAGAGGUGCUGAGCUGCUCAGAGAAGCUAGUCUGCCGCCUGGGCUACCUGGGUAGUGUGAGUGAAGCCAAGGCCUUUUGCUUGGAGGCCCUGAAACUCACUACGAAGUUGCAGAUACCACGCCAGUGUGCCCUGUUCCUGGUGCUAAAGAGUGAGCUGGAGCUGGCUCGCAAUGACAUCGACCUCUGUCAGUCAGACCUGCAGCAGGUUCUGUUCUUGCUCGAGUCUUGCACAGAGUUCAAUGGGGUGGCCCAGCACCUGCACCCCAUGAAGAAGGUCCACCUGCAGAAGGGGAAGCAGCAGGUCCAGGUGCCCUGUCCUCCACAGCUUCCGGAAGAGGAGCUCUUCCUAAGAGGCCCUGCUCUGGAACUAGUAGCCACUGUGGCCAAGGAGCCUGGCCCCAUAGCACCUUCUACAAACUCCUCCCCCAUACUGAAAACAAAGCCCCAGCCCAGCCCCGGCUUCCUGUCCCAUUCACCCACCUGUGACUGCUCGCUCUGUGACAGCCCUGUCCUCUCAGCAGUCUGUCUGCGCUGGGUGUUGGUCACAGCAGGGGUGAGUCUGGCCAUGGGUCAUCAGGCCCAGGGCCUGGAUCUGCUGCAGGUCGUGGUGAAGGGUUGCCCUGCAGCCACUAAGCGCCUCACUCAAGGUCUCCAAGCUUCCCUGAAUCAUAAAACACCCCCGUCCCCAGUCCCAAGCCUCCUGGAUGAGAUCUUGGCACAGGCAUACACACGGCUAGCACUGGAGGGCCUGAGCCAGCCAUCAAACAAGAACCUGCAGAAGGUCCUGGAGUCGGGGCUGAAGUUUGUAGCAGCACGGAUACCACACCUGGAGCCCUGGCGAGCCAGCCUUCUCCUGAUUCGGGCCCUUGCAAAGCUGGCUGGCCUGAGCUGCUGCACUGCCCAGCUUUUUGCAAGCUCCUGGGGCUGGCAGCCACCAUUAAUAAAAAGCCCUGCAGGCUCAGAGCCCUCUAAGACUCGGAGCCAAAAACGUUCUGGACAAGGGCGCAAGCAGGUUGCCUCUGCUCCCCUGCCUCUCCAUAAUACCUGUCAGAAAAGUCUGGAAGGUGGAGGACCACCCUGUACACCUAAGCCCCCAGGCCGGGCCAGGCCAGCUGGCCCUCGUGUCCCCUUCACCGUGUUUGAGGAAAUCUACCCUACAAAGCCAAAGCCUGAAGUUCCCCAAGCCCCCAAGGUACAACAGAGGGUCCAGACACGCCUCAAGGUGAACUUCAGUGAUGACAGUGACUUAGAAGACCCUGUCUCAGCUGAGGCACAGCUGGUAGAGGAACCUAAAAGAAAGGGCACUGCUUCUCGGGGCCGGGGCGGGGCGAGAAAGGGCCUGAGCUCGAAGACUAAUGCGAAGACUGACGCAGUGGUUGCUCCUGGGCCCCCUGGCCUGAGUGGCAGGAGCAGAAGGGCCAAGAAGGUGGCAUCAAGACAUUGUGAGGAGCAAGGACCCCAGAGGGCUGUUUCUGGCCAGGCCAGGCUUGGCCCUGAGAUCAUGAGGACCGUUCCUGAGGAGGAACUGAUGGAAAACCAGAUGGAAAUGAGCUUUGAGAUCCUCAGGGGCUCUGAUGGGGAAGACUCGGCGUCAGGUAGCACGGCUCCAGCUUCAGGCCCUGAUACAGCCAUAGGAGAACGGGAGCUGUUGAGACGGGAUUCCAGCAAGGAAGAGCUGCCCAUCCUGUGCCCAGACAAGGACAGUGACAGGGACCUCGGUUCUUGGCUCCAGCUCCCCAUGGCCCCUGCAGCCCUUGGUCUUUCUACCCUGGAUUCCAUCUGUGACUCACUGAGCGUUGCUUUCCGGGGCAUCAAUCACUGUCCUCCUAGUGAGCUCUAUGCACACCUCUGCCGCUUCCUGGCCUUGUGCCUGGGCGACCGAGAUCCCUAUGCCACUGCCUUCCUUGUCACCGAGUCUGUCUCCAUCACCUGUCGCCACCAGCUACUCGCCCACCUCCACAGGCAGCUCAGCAAGAUCCAGAAGCACCGAGGAUCGCUUGAAAUGGCAGAUCAGCUCCAGAGGCUGAGCCUUCAGGAGAGGCCUAGAGAUGUCCCCCUGGCCUGCAUCCAGCACCUCUUUUCCUUCAGGACUUCAGGAUUGGGCCACUUCCCUCAGCCUGAGAAGGAGAGUUUCCAGGAGCACCUGGCUCUGAUCCCCAGUGGGGUGACUGUAUGUGUGUUGGCCCUGGCCACCCUCCAGCCUGGAACUGUGGGCAACACCCUCCUGCUGACCCGGCUGGAAAAAGACAGUCCCCCAGUCACUGUGCAGAUCCCCACUGCCCAGAACAAGCUUUCUCUCAGUUCAGCCCUGAAUGAGUUUGAUGCCAUCCAGAAGGAACAGAAAGAGAACAGCAGCUGCACUGACAAGCGGGAAUGGUGGACGGGGCGUCUAGAACUGGACCACAGGAUGGAGGCUCUCAUCACUUCCCUGGAGAAGUCUGUGUUGGGCUGCUGGAGGGGGCUGCUGCUGCCAUCCAGUGAGGAGCCCGGCCCUGCCCAGGAGGCCUCCCGCCUCCAAGAGUUGCUGCAGGAAUGUGGCUGGAAAUAUCCUGACCCCACUCUGCUGAAAGUCAUGCUCAGUGGUGCCGGAACCCUCACCCCUCAGGACAUUCAGGCCCUGGCCUAUGGGCUGUGCCCAACCCAGCCAGAACAAGCCCACGAGCUCCUGAAUGAGGCAGUAGGACGUCUAAAGGGCCAGACGGCACCAAACAAUAAGCACCUCACCUUGGUGCUAGACAAGGACCUGCAGAAGCUGCCAUGGGAAAGCAUGCCCAGCCUCCGAGCACUACCUGUCACCCGGAUGCCCUCCUUCCGCUUCCUACUCAGCUACUCCAUCAUCAAAGAGUCUGGGGCCUCAUCAGUGCUGAGCCAAGGAGUAGAUCCGAGAAGUACCUUCUAUGUCCUGAACCCUCACAAGAACCUGACAAGCACAGAGGAACAAUUUCGAGCCAAUUUUAGCAGUGAAGCUGGCUGGAGAGGGGUGAUUGGGGAGGUGCCAACCCCUGAACAGGUGCAGGCAGCCCUGACAGAGCAUGACUUAUAUAUCUAUGCAGGGCACGGGGCUGGUGCCCGCUUCCUCGAUGGGCAGGCCAUCCUGCGGCUGAGCUGCCGGGCAGUGGCUCUGCUGUUUGGCUGCAGCAGUGCGGCCUUGGCUGUGCAUGGAAACCUGGAGGGGGCUGGCAUCGUGCUCAAGUACAUCAUGGCUGGCUGCCCCUUGUUUCUGGGUAAUCUCUGGGAUGUGACUGACCGUGACAUUGACCGCUACACGGAGGCUCUGUUGCAGGGCUGGCUUGGAGCAGGCCCAGGGGCACCCCUUCUCUACUAUGUCAGCCAGGCCCGCCAGGCUCCCCGACUCAAGUAUCUUAUUGGGGCUGCACCUGUAGCCUAUGGCUUGCCUGUCUCUCUGCGGUAACCUUUUGGAACUGUCUUAUUGCUCAUAGAAGCCAUGUGACUGUUCUACCUCCAAAGUUAGAUUUAAUCCUUAGGAUAAAUAUUUUAAAAUGAUUUUCCCCAGUGUUUUAAAUGAAACAUUUCCUUUUGAUUUAAUCUUAAUAUAAUAAAGAUACAUCACUUAAACCCUG